AUGGGGUGUGCGGAUUGUUUUGAGAAUUGUGAACUGGAAAAUAAGCGAAAUUUUGCAGCUUCGGUUGUCUCUGGUUUCAUUUUCGCGUUGGCAUGGUGGAUACUCAUAGAUGCCGCUUCGCGUUACACUCAUGAAGAAUUCCCGCCCGCUUACCACACUGCUGGUGUGUUUGGAACAAUCGCUUUUGUUCUCAUCAAUUUAGUUCCAAAUUCAGCGGUAAGUAUUUCUUUACUAAACGAUGACCUGAGCAGUAGCCCGGGUCGCAGACGUGCCGCGUUUUUCUGCCUGUUCUUUUCAUUCGUCAUGAUAUUUAGUUGCGUCGUUGCAGCCUGCUGGAUUUUGUUCGGAGGUUACGUGGCUGCCGGGAAAACCCCAGUCUGGCCGGGUGUCGCCAUUCUGAUGCAAAAUCUUUUGCUGUGCAUCUCGUCAUUGGUUUAUCGCUUCGGUCGUAAAGAGGUGGACUAUUGA